AUGGGGCAGAGCUUCUGGGAGCAUCUCCAUCUGGCCCUUGCCCUCCUACUCCUAAAUCUUGGGUCUGUGGUGACUGAAGAUGUCCCUCACAGCUGCUAUGGGGCUCCAGGCCUGCCAGGCCUGCCGGGUAUGCCGGGAAAGGAUGGCCGGGAUGGACUGAAGGGAGCCAAAGGCGAGCCAGGCAUCCCAGCCCCUCCUGCAACACGAGGGCCCAAGGGCGUGAAAGGGGACCCAGGCAGCCCUGGCUUGCCAGGCAAGAAUGGCCCCAAGGGUCCCCCUGGUCCAGCUGGAGACCCUGGCGUGAUGGGCAUGCCUGGAGAGCCAGGUAUGCCAGGCAUCUACAAGCAGAAGCACCAGUCAGCAUUUUCCGUGACGAGGCAGACCGGUGAGAACCCCUUGAGGAAUGUCCCCGUGGUGUUCAACCAUGUCAUCACCAACACCAACCACGACUACAACACCACCACGGGCAAGUUCACCUGCAAGCUCCCUGGCCUCUACUACUUUGUCUUCCACACCUCGCUGACGUCCAACCUCUGCGUCAUGCUGUACAAAGACGGGAGCAAGAUGGCCAGCUUCUGCGAUCACAAGACCAACAGCGUGCAGACCAGCUCUGGUGGGAUCCUCCUCCACCUGGAUGCUGGGAACCAGGUCUGGCUGGAAGUGAAUGACUACAAUGGCAUGGUGGGCAUCGGUAUCUCCGACAGCAUCUUCUCGGGGUUCCUGCUCUUCCCAGACUAG